AUUGCUCUGGAGUCUGGGCUACACCAAGGCUGACUAUACAAUGCAAUGCCUGGAUCUUGGCUGAUGGGGUGGCUUUGGCUUGUGGGAACAGUGGUGAGCUUGUCCUGUUUCCCAGCGUUACUGGAGGCAGCUCCUGAGUUUUCAGGUUAUUUGCGGAAGAUUCUGAAGAAUCACACAAUCCAUGCCUGUGAUGGGGAACAGCUAACAAUCCUUUGUCCCCACAAGACCUCCAUUAGCAUACUUUCUGCUUUUUAUGGGCGCAGGGUACCCAGUCCAAACCUCUGUCCAGCCUCAGGAGACCUCUUCUUGGAAAGCAUUGAUUGUUCAUCUGCCACAACCCAUCAGAAAAUGAUGGAUGAGUGUCAAGACCAUCGAUGGUGCCAUUUCCUUGUCCACAGCCGGGUGUUUGGGCCUGAUCCAUGCCCAGAGACACACAAAUACUUGGUGGUUUCCUACAAAUGCAGACCUGCCAAUUAUCGUCUCAAGACUGUGUGUGAAAAUGACAAGAUGAGACUACAGUGUCGGAGCAACUCGGUUCUAGCUAUUUAUUCUUCAAUCUAUGGACGACCUUUGCGAGGGAAGUUGGAAUGUAGUUCUAUGAAUGGGACAGGACCUGAAAUAGAAUGCAUAGCUCCUGAUGCCUUGAGAAGAGUGUCCCAGAGGUGCCACAGGAAGGAGAAUUGCACCAUUGCUGCUAACAAGGCUACAUUUGGAGACCCUUGCUUCCCUGGGGUGAAGAAACAAUUGAGAGUGUCUUAUACCUGCGUGCCAAGGAAGUUGCUAGAAGAGGCGACCCGUGACUCUCGGGAAGAUCCCUUCUCAAUCUCGGAUUACACACACGGUGGCUGGUACACCGGGCCCAGGCUGUCCAGGCGGCUACGAGAAAACCUGAUGAUAUUUACUAGCUCUCUGGAAACAUUAGCCCAUAUCUGGGGUGUUCCUGAGAAGGCGGGCUUUUAUUUCCUAUGUGGGGUAUCUGGAGGGCUGGUGUUUCUCCUCCUCUUCUUUGUCCCCAAAACAACCUUCUUACAUGACCUCAAAGAGGUCUUCAAAAAGGCAGACUUGACUGACACCUUACAGCUGGAGACAACCAAGUUGCGAGAUGACCAGGAUGAAGAAAAUCGGGAGGACAGCUCAUCUGAGACCUCUUUCUGCCAUCUUACCCGCAAUUACCGGAACACCAACAUCUUUGGACCAGAACUGACCGCAGCUUUGGAGGGGGCAAUUGAUCAAAGAGGCCACGAAGGAGAUGAGAUUUGGAUCCCCAAGGAAUCCAGCCCAUAUGCCAUCCACAAAAUUAAGUCAGCCACCAAAUGAGAAGAACCAACAUUGGAAGCUGGGCAGAAAGCUGCAGUGGGUCAAUAUGUGAACUUCAGGGUUCAUGAGGAUGGAGGAUAGUUUGUUACACCACCCAUCCUGAAAGGCUUGCCAGGGGAGGGAGGAUACAGCAGGGAUGGGGUACCUGCUGUAUCCCGUAGGCAUCCUGCAGACCCAGGGGCUCCUUUGGCCAUGAUUACUGAAAACUGAUGGCACCAUUUCUUGCCAUUUUGAGAUGGGAAUCAGAUGGGCAUAUUACAGUGAGAAACUGAAGACCUCAGGCCCUUGGCGAGCCAUGUGAAUGAUGAGGCUCCAAUUACUUUGGGACUAUUUCUUCCUUUGCCCCUCAAAAUUAAAUGCACCCCAUGUUCAUCCUUGGGGUAGAUUGUUAAUAAUGUAACAUUAAGAGAUUCAAGUAAAGGUAGUUUUCUAUCUGGAAGUUAUUAGGUUGCUGAGUGGGAAACUCUGUGAAUUAACUCCUUCCAAAUGAGGUCAACCAGGUAGGGAAACCUUGACUUCCAGAUGUAGUGUCUUUAAAUCUUGAAAUUAUGCUGAUGAAAAAAACCCUGGAAGUUGACUGCCACUCAUCAGGAGUUACCAAGGUUGGGGGAAGUCUAGAGUGGUUCUUACAGAUUCUCUCGCUUAUUUUGCUGAGGGAGCCCCGGAUGUCUGCCUCAAAACCUUACUCUGAUAGCCCCAGGGAUGGGUGAUUUGAACACACCUUUUAGGCAUUCAGAGGCCCGUAGUUCUUGUAUUCUGUAUAUGGCACUAAUGCUGUUUGUGUGUAUUACAUUUCUUGCAUUCAUAACCUGACCUAAAACCAUAAUGUGAGGAUUCACAUAAAAAUAACACAUGAAUUGAUGUUUAAGCUGUGUGCUUUCACAACUAGAAGGGUUUUUAGAGGCAUUGUUGUUUGUGGCACACAAUUCUGAGUUCAGAACUUGGGCAAAUUCACAAUGGAGUCGGUUUAGUUCUGCUUACCCUGGGCAUAUCAUAGUUUAUUAAAUUAACCAGCUAAUUGUGGUUUAUUCAAUUAGACCCAGGUUAAGCAAGCCAUGGAUUAACACAGCAGUAGUCCUUUUUGUUACUCAGGCCAAUCACUGUUACAUAAAAUAUAAUGUAAAAGUAUGAUUUUAGAAAUCAGAAAGUGGGCCGAACGCUGCCAUUUCUGAAAAAUUGUUCUUCCAAUUGUAUUUUAAAUAUCAUUUGCCAGCUCUGCUUAUAAUGCAAGCCAAUUGCAUCAGUUCCCAUUUGACAGGGCUGAGGGUUCAAAGGACUCUAUAAAGUAGACAUGAAAAUACAAGGUUUUACCCAAAAUAUGAACCUGGACCCCAUGGAUUUUAGUGUGCAGUGCUAUUAAAAUUGGUAACUUCAAAUUUAGUGAUGUUGUCAGUGUAACACUCAGGCAAAGACCACCUAGUGUUCUCCAAGUAUCUCAGAUGACUGCUCCCAGUUUCCUUUUUUUUUUUUUUUUUCCGGUCACUGACCAUGGUGAUGGAAGCAGGUGGAACCUGCUGUCAAAAUAUCUAGGACACUAAAUGAACAUUGCUAGGCUACUGUUCCUUUCAACAUGGUCUGUGAAACAUCUGAAUGGGCAGCAAAUGGUCCUCCAGAUGGUGCUGUCUUCAUCACUUUAUAUAGCCUAUGAUUUGGAUUGAUGGAGUUCAGUUUGAAGACAUCUGGAAGGCCACGCGUGCCAUGCUGAUUUUAGGAAACCAUCCUGAUAAGAAGUAAGGAAAUGCGCUAAACUCCAAAAAUUGAGAGAAUUCUACAAAUGUAUUUGCAAAGGAUAUAAUAACAUUUGCACUGUUUCUCUUCCACUUAAUUUCAGUGGAGUGAAAUCUAUUUAAUGGACCCAUUGGGGAGAGGGAGAGUCCAUUACUGCCAAAUGUUCAUUAAAUUACAAAGUGUUGGUGAUGAUUUAUGUCAUCUGAAUCCAUUGGUGUCAUUUAUAUAAUGUCAUUAUGCAAAUGAAAAUAGCUGCAAUUGAUGUAAAAUUCAUGUAAAUUAACAGGUUUUGGAUGCAAGGACUCAUCUGUCACUUCCGUGAAGAGAUGUUCAGAUGGAAAUCUGCAUCUGAAGUCCACUAAAAGAGGUAUCUUAAAUCAA